UGUGGCGAUUCAACGGGACGUCUUGGAAGAAAACUUCCCAAAGAUUUUCUGGGAGACAAAGUAAAGUAAACGGAGCCGGGAUCAGGGCGAGUAGGGGACCUGGACGUGCAUUCACACCCACUGAGGAUGCACUGAACUGAGAAACAUCUGCUGAAGUGUCCCCCCUCAACGCAGAUAUGGCCUCGGUGACGUCCAGUCCAGGACCUGCCUCUCUGAGCUCCCAGGUGCAUGCAGCAGCUGUCAAUGGUGACAGGAGCGCGCUGCUCAAGCUCAUCGCAGCGGAGCCCUCGCUGAGAGACCGGGAGGACCAGUUCGGACGGACCCCUUUGAUGUACUGCGUGCUGGCCGACCGCCUGGACUGUGCAGAGAUUCUGCUGAAGACGGGAGCCUCGGUCAACAAGACCGACCACAGCCAGAGAACUGCUCUGCACCUCGCCGCUCAGAAGGGAAAUGUGCGUUUCCUGAAGCUGCUGCUGUCCAGGCGCGCUAACUGGCUGCAGAAGGACUUAGAAGAAAUGACCCCGCUUCACCUUGCCACCAGACACCCCUCACCGAAAGCCCUCGCCCUGCUCCUCAAAUACAUCGGACCCGGAGAGGUCGACACACAGGACAAGAACAAGCAAACUGCUCUCCACUGGUCAGCGUUUUAUAACCGACCGGAGCACGUACGCCUCCUCAUCAAACAUGACUCCAACAUCGGCAUCCCAGACAGCGAGGGCAAGAUCCCGCUGCACUGGGCCGCUCACAGUCAAGAGCCCAGCGCCACACAGACCGUCCGCUGCAUCCUGGAAGCAGCACCCACAGAGUCACUGUUGAACUGGCAGGACUACGAGGGUCGCACACCCCUGCACUUUGCCGUGGCCGACGGUAACGAGGCGGUCGUGGAGGUGCUGACAUCGUACGAGGGCUGUAAUGUCACAGCGUAUGAUAACCUGUUCAGGACGCCGCUGCACUGGGCAGCUCUGCUGGGCCACGCUAAAAUCGUCCACCUGCUGUUGGAAAGAAACACAUCAGGCACGAUUCCCUCAGACAGCCAGGGAGCGACACCGCUGCACUACGGAGCCCAGAGCAACAAUGCCGAGACAGUCGGGGUGUUUCUCUCCCAUCCGUCAGUGAAGGACGAAUCGGACCUGGAGGGGCGAACCGCCUUCAUGUGGGCUGCUGGGAAAGGCAGCGACGAUGUGAUCCGCACCAUGCUCUCCCUCAAUCCUCACAUCGACAUCAACAUGGCAGACAAGUACGGCGGCACUGCCCUGCACGCGGCCUCCCUGUCAGGCCAUGUGAGCACCGUGAAGCUGCUGCUGGAGAAGGGAGCGAUGGUCGACUCGCUGGAUGUUAUGAAACACACGCCACUGUUUCGCGCCUGCGAGAUGGGAUACAGAGAUGUCAUACUCACACUCAUCAAGGGCUCGGCCCGCGUCGACCUGGUAGAUGUGGACGGCCACACCGCGCUGCACUGGGCGGCUCUCGGAGGGAAUGCCGAGGUCUGCCAGAUACUGAUGGAGAACGGGAUUAGUCCCAAUGUGCAGGAUCAGGCUGGACGGACGCCCCUGCAGUGCGCCGCUUACGGCGGCUACAUCACCUGCAUGGCCGUGCUCAUGGAGAACAACGCUGACCCAAACAUACAGGACAAGGAGGGGCGGACUGCUCUCCACUGGUCGUGUAACAACGGCUAUCUGGACGCGGUGAAGCUGCUGCUGGGCUACAACGCCUUUCCCAAUCAAAUGGAGCACACUGAGGAGAGAUACACCCCUCUGGAUUAUGCUCUGCUGGGGGGGCACAGUGAGGUGACGCAGUUCAUGCUGGAGCACGGCGCUCUGUCCAUCGCGGCCAUCCAGGACAUCGCCGCAGCCUCUAUCCAGGCCGUCUACAAGGGCUACACCGUCCGCAAAGCAUUCAGGGAGCGGAAACAGCUCCUCAUGCGACACGAGCAACUGCGCAAGGAUGCAGCCAAGAAACGAGAGGAAGAACAGCGGCGGAGAGAAGCUGUGCAGAAAGUGUCAGCGCCCGCUGCUGAGAAACGGAAAGUUUCACAGAUGAAAGUGGAGCAAGAAAAGCUCUCCUUAGUGAACAUUAUAGGGAAUUUAUCCAUUAAUGAUGCGCCGGUGGAAACUCAGAAAGCGUCCAAAACUGAACGCACAAAGAGCAAAGAAGAAAGACACAAAGCCCACAAAAGCAGGUCCUCAAGAAGAAGUAAAGUGUCUGAACCGCAGGAGGCUCCCGAAGCUCUGAGCCGCAGUCAUGAGAGCGGCGACUCUGCACCUGGUGCUCCUCAGACCACCAGGUUGAAGGAACUCCUGUCUCCAGGCAGCAGCAGCCAGCCACCCAGCCUGAAACCCACGUCCCCCUCCACACCCAAAACAAGGGACCAACCACCCCCGAGCGCAUGCACACCCUCCACCCCUGCCUCCGCUGCAGACCAGAGCGAGGCCAGGACCGGAGAGCGCAUCCCCCUGAAAAAGACAGACAAUCCCGCCAGUGUGCAGACCGUCAUUGCCAAAGCCGAUUCCCACACCUCUCCGAGAAAGCACAGAAAACACAAGCAGCAGAAUUCACCGAGGGACAGAGCUCCUGUCGUCUCAUUAGGGAGUAGUUCAUCUUUAGAUCACAAAAGCCCUUCGAGAAAGACUCACUCGGCUUCACGCGCGUCCCUGUCAGCGCGCACACACAGGGAGCACAGCAGAGAGCAGCGCAGGAGGAGGAACGAGGCCGCACGCACCAUCCAGCGAGCCUGGAGAAGGUUCUGUGCGAGCCGACGGGGAGAGGUACACGCCCACCGAGAGGUUGAGUCAGGUGAUUCAAACUACGCCCCUCACACACGGAGGGUGGACAUCAGAUCUCAGCUGGCUAAAUCUGCACAGAGUAAGACCUCUGUGCUACAAAGCAUCUAUGGCAACUCCAUGGCCCGGCGAGGGCGUCCGCUUCGGGGGUCUCAGUCUCUGCUGCUCUCGGAGACCCCUCUACACACACAGAGCCAGCUGAGCGGCAUAGACUGUGUGCACCUGCCCGACGCCGUGAACCAAGCCAGGCAAUACUCGUACCACCUGAGACCACAGAGCGCCGGACAGGGGACGAGAGGCCGGGGAAAACACUGAACACACACACACACACACACACACCUCGUGCUCUUUGAUGUUUUCUCAGCUGGCUGGCAGUCUUACCUCCAUAGAAUUACUCUACGUAUUGUUCCCUCGAUGUGCUAAGCUUUCUAAAAUUAAGCUGUAUGACAUCAGAGCCAUGACCUCACAGGGAGGGGUUAAGUCUACAGAAAUGGUGUGUGUAAAAGAUAACCUUUCAUCCAUUGUGGAGGGAUCACAUACACACUCCGUCUCCCUCGUUCUCCAUAGCGCUCGCACACACACUGAGAUAACCUUUCCUCCCGUUGUGGAGAAUGAGGCAGUCUAUCAACAGCCGGUCAUACAGAUAGCCCACCUGCAGCCACUGACACACACACACGGACAUGCACACACACACGGACAUGCACACACACACACACACACACACACACACACACACACACAAACACACAGUCUGCUUUAAGUUCUGUCCCUCUGAAUAGAAACGUGCAUUUUGAAUUUUUUUUAAGCUUUUAUUUGUACAUGAAUAAUUUGUAUGGUGUUAUUUUUUGAAAAUAUAUACCUCAGUGUUUUUUCUUUUUAUAAUAUCUGAUAUAAAAUUAAAAAAAUAAUAAAUCCAGGAAGUGCAUUUUUAUUGGAUUUUAUUUUUCCUCAUUUUUUUCCAAAGUCAUCACUGACCCCAGAAAACACUGGGUCAGCUUUCAUCACCAACAAAAGUCAGACAAGAAGGCAGAAAGAGAUGAAAACAGGCCAGGAUACGAGCGAAGCUGGAAGUUUAAGACACGGAAAAUGAAGCUCCUAACACAACAGCGUCUCCGUUAGAAAGGGGUUUCAGUCUGUGGGUUUUGUCCUGUGUGUUCUCCGCU